AGGAGAGAAAAAUUCAAUACUAAGCCUAUGUUACUUAUAUUCAAUUUACGAAUAUUUAUCUUCAACAUAAAUGUGCGGCUAUACGAAAGCGAUAGUUUACUAAUUAUUGACCUGGUGAAUUGGUACCAAAUUGGCCAUUGGCGCUUGUUAAUAUAAUUAACAAUAGAAAAGAAUAAAGGAUUGAAUUCGUUUAGUUAAUUUUUCGUUCUAUUUGAGAAACGGGAUAAUCGUUAUUUGUUGCUAUUUUUUUAUGAUAUCUAUAUUCUAAAGGAAACAAUGAAAUUUAUUCUCUUCUUGGCUAUAUUCAUUUGCGUUGUGGGACUAAUCGACACAUAUUGCUAUCUUACGGCAUGGAAUACCACUGAUAUAGAUAAAUGCAAUAAUAAUACUGGCGUACUGGAAGCUGAUUAUGCCCUUUUCGGGUCUAACUUUACAACCAAUUAUUCAUCGUUUAUUCAAGAGAUAAAUGUUAGAUAUUCCGUGAUAAAUUGGUGUCGAUUCUCUACGUUGCUAGAAUCGGUGGAAUACUUAAGAAUUUCUCAUAGCGUUAUUGAUAUUAAUUGCACCGAAUCCUUUAAUAAUCGGAACUUAUCCGUCAAAAACGUCUACUUUCUAAAUGUCAGCAAUAUUCCAUCCGUUCAACAGUUUCCAUUGUUAGAAUCUGUAGAAAUAGCUAAUUGUAGUGCCAAGCUAAUUGAUAUUAAUAAUGAUAAUUUGCUUAAAAUCACUGUUUAUUUAAAUUCUUUUCUAAACAGUCUUCAAUUGAAUAACAAUCCUAAGUUAUCCUAUUUAAAUGUAACAAACAAUUCUAUGCUGAAAAACGUCACCGAUUUGGACGGUUCAAACUUAACAGAAGUGUAUUUAUAUAGUAAUGCCCUAGAGAGGAUGCCCUAUUUUCGUAAAUUAUACUCGAUAGAUGUAUUGGAUAUAAGUGACAAUUAUUUAAUAGAAUUGACUCUAUUAAACUGCCAUAUUGUACGUCUUUUAGCCAAAGGAAACCGAUUGGAAACGGCCUCUUUCGAUAGUGUUCAAUUUCUUGAUUUAAGUAGUAAUCGUUUAAAUUCUUUAAUUAUUCCAAUUAAUUUGAAGGAGGUAUUUCUAAAUGAAAAUAAUUUUCAAUCUCUCGAUAUACGAAGUAGAGCUGACGUUGAUUUGAAAGAGACGCUAAUAAAGAAUAACUGCGAAGAAAAUUGGAGACGCAUGACGAAAGUUUGCCAACCAAAUCGGAAAACUCAACUGGAACGUUUGAACUUGUCAUUUAAUAAUAUUAAGAAUAUUUCGCUCAGAUUUCUAACAGAAUCUUAUCCUAAACUGAAAGCCUUAAAUUUGGAAGGAAACCCGAUAGAGACAGUGGAGAAGGGGGAAUUCCUUGUCAACGUAAGCCUAUCCUCUUACAAUUUACAGUGUUCGUGCAACAACUACUGGCUACUCUUUCAUCCGGAAGUGGAGUUUUUUAACCGCAGUAGAACCUAUUUUAUGGAUUUAUGCGCCACUAAUACGGCCGAGACUCCUUCGGUCAAAGCCGAAUGUAAUAAGGAUUUUUGUUCGUGCUUUUCCUUGUCCCAAGCCAGUUGCGUUUUCGGAGUAGGAAAAAAUUUCUCCGAUAAGGAUGGAAGGCUUUGGAAGAGGAAGGUUAAAAUACCAAACGCCGAAGGCAUUGUCUGCAAUGUUGGUGGUCUCUAUUAUAAAAAUGGUACAUUCUUUAUGGUAGAGAAGACUAUUACGGCGAAUUUAGUCAAAGAAUUUACAACUUCCGCCACAACCUGGCAACCUACUGUCAAUAUAACUCUCAGGCCUACUUUGAUAACCGAAAAAUCAUUAAAUUGUAAAGAAAUGAAUAGAUAUACUUGUACGAUAAUAAUAGCAUCGUUAAGUUGUAUCAUAGUAAUAAGUACAGGAAUUUAUUUAUCAACUUGCAUCUACUAUUGGAGAAGAUGCAGCAAGUUGAAGAAUGAGCUAAUAGUGGCUCAAGAAAGAAAAUUAAAACUUCGCCAUAGGUUAGAAUCGUUUAAAUCGGCGUCUAAAAGAAUAAGCUGUAGUGAAUUUUUUAACGAUAUUGACGAAAAUGAAUCUAACGAAGAUAGUAGUGAGACUUUUAAAAAAUCUGUUAAAAGACAUAGGACUAAUUCAACAAGAUCUAACUGGUACGCCGAACGACCUUCUACUUUCGACUAUAACAACGACAAAGAAAUUCCCAAUUCUCAUACGCUAACGGGAACGUACAAGAGCCCUAAAAUUUUCUUGCCCGAACAGCAUUUAGGUAACAGAGCGUUGGCGGAACAAAAUUCAGUAAAACUUUAGAAAUAGGUGGCGCCAGCUACUUAGUCACGUUUAAUAUAUAUAUAUAUAUAUAUACUAUAUAUAUACACUGUACAUAUACUAUAUUUAUAUAAUCAUUGUUCGGACUGAUGUG